CGAUCUCUCCUCACCUGUAGCCCCAGUGGCGGAAGACAGGUGAAAGUAUCGAUAGCAGGGGCCUUUGUAAGAAAAUAAACUAUUUUCAAAUUCAACGUGUAUGGCCAUGUAACUACUCUUUGGAGUUCUUCUCAACUGCUAGGACUAAGAAGCAUUCCCAUGUCGGCUGGAAACGGGUCAGCAUCCCGGUUUGAUCGGGUCAGAGAUGUGCCUCACUAUGACCAGGUGCCUUUUGGCUCACUACCAUGGGGUCAGGAGAUUCCUUAUCCUCUCAGUGAUGUGCCAGCAACCAGCUACGACCCUUUUCCACCUCCUCCGCUCCCCGAAAAUCCUCCUGUCGGCCCAGAUUUCUACCCUAGUGAUGGUGAAGACCAGGUGGAUGAUGCCAUGGACAUCAAACCCAUCCGACGUUUUAUUCCAGACUCUGUGAAGAACUUCUUCAGAGGCAGCAGCAACAGAGGCAGCAAAAAAUGGCCAUUUUCACCACCACCUGAUAAUGUGAACACCACCACUCAAGGCGUCCCGUGCUCCCCUCCACCCUCACCCACGGCCCCCAGCUCCUACCUGGAUCCUUAUGGGGGGUCUGGAGGCAGCUACGCUUCAAGAAAGGAGCAGGCGAUGUUAUUAGGGGAACCACUGGAAUCGGUUUCUGGGCGCUCUCUACAGACGGCUAUGACUUACAGCGAGAAGGUGGAGGAUUACAAUCAGCGCUAUGCUUACAUGAAGUCCUGGGCCGGACUUCUGCGCAUUCUGGGUUGUGUGGAGCUGCUUUUGGGGGCUGCCGUUUUUGCCUGUGUUUGCGCCUACGUGCACAAGGAUAACGAGUGGUUCAACAUGUUUGGUUACUCGAUGCAUCAGAUGUACGGGGGAGGAUAUGGGGGGUCAUCGAUGGGUGGGAUGUACGGGGGAGCUGGAGUUUCCUACUCGGGGCCCUUGACCCCUUUUGUGAUCGUGGUGGCUGGAUUGGCCUGGAUAGUGACUGUCAUUCUGGUAGUGUUGGGAAUGACCAUGUAUUAUCGUACCAUUCUGCUCGACUCCAACUGGUGGCCAAUCACAGAGUGUGUGAUAAACCUGGCAUUAGCAGGACUCUACAUGACAGCUGCAAUAGUGUAUGUGCGAGACACGGUCCGUGGAGGUCUCUGCUACUACCCUCACUUCAACGCUGGGCCCAACGCAGGCUUUUGCAGAACAGAAGCUGGGCAGACUGCUGCCAUCAUCUUCCUGUUUGUCAACAUGCUGUUGUAUCUCGUGGGUGCAGGAGUGUGUCUGAAGCUAUGGAAACAUGAAGCUGCAAGGAUGCGGAGAGAGAGACAGGGUCAAGAUACGAAAGCAGCAGUACCACUCACCUUGAUGGGUCCAGGUUCCAGUGUCUCCGCUCCAGUUUACAAGGGUCCCCUAAUGGCCUCUCGAGAGACAAUAUAUGGCACAGCACCUUCAGUUAUGAUGGAACCAGAGAUUUUAAGGGGUCAUAUCCCUGCUGGGCACAUUCCCAAACCUGUGGUCAUUGCAGACUAUGUGGCGAAAUAUCCCACAAUCCGCACUGAUGAGGAGAGGGAGCGAUACAAGGCAGUGUUUAAUGAUCAAUACGCAGAAUAUAAAGAGUUGCAUGCUGAGGUUCAGGUCUUAACACAGAAAUUUGAGGAAAUGGACAAUCUGAUGAGAAAUCUGCAGCAACAGCCUAUCAGCCACAUGGAGCAAGAGAGAAUCCAAAGCAUUGUUCAAGAGUAUAACAGAAAAAAGGCUGAUCCAACGUUCCUGGAAAAAAGGGAUAGAUGUGAAUAUCUGAAGAACAAACUUGCUCACAUAAAGCAGAAAAUUCAGGAGUACGACAAAGUCAUGGAUUGGAAUGAUGGAUUGUUUGAAAGAUUGUUUGUUUACCAGCUUUCGGACGGAAAGGAGGCAACUUUGUUAAUUUGUUUGUCCAAGAGCCUUGAGGACAACAUCAUGCCGAAAAAAUCUAGUCACCCUCAGCAGUAUGGACGCAGACAUCACAGAUCCUCCCAUCGCACUGGAUCUUACCACCCUGAUGAAAUGCUUCACUUUUAUCGCUGGACUUCACCCCCCGGUGUCAUGAAGAUUAUGUGCAUCAUCAUCAUCAUUAUGUGUGUGGCUAUGUUUGCCUGCGUUGCCUCCACGCUAGCGUGGGACUAUGAUGCAAGCGCAAUGGGCUUUGGAGGAAUGGGUGGUUACGGAGGUGGAUACCAAGGCAGCUAUAGUGGAGGAUCAUAUGGUGGAUAUGGUGGUGCAGGAAGCGGAGGUCUCGGAGGCUAUGGUGGAGGUUACGGUGGAGGUUACGGUGGAGGCAACUAUGGUGGUGGCAUGUACAUGGAUCCAAAGUCAGGCAAAGGCUUCAUCAUCGCAAUCGCGGCAAUCACCUUUAUCACCGUUCUCAUCAUCUUCAUCAUGGCGGUGUCGAGACAAAGUGCUUCGCAGUCUCCUUCGUUCUAUCUGGCUUCCAUCAUUAUUUGUGGCAUCCUGGCUGGGCUCAUGCUCAUAGCCACCAUUGUGUACUUGGUCGCUAUUAACCCAAUGGCCCAGACGUCUGGAUCCAUGAUGUAUAAUCAGAUCUUGCAGCUGUGUGCACAAUACCAGAACCAAGAUCAAGCCUCUGGCAUCUUCCUCAAUCAAUAUUUGUACCACUACUGUGUAGUGGAGCCCGAAGAGGCCAUCGCAGUCGUCAUUGGGUUCCUGGUGGCGGUCGCGCUGAUCAUCCUUCUGGUGUUUGCGGUAAAGACCCGAGGGCAGAUCAGGAGAUACGGCAGGGAACGCGUUCUGUGGUAUGACGUGAAGACGAUCACUGAUGGACUCACAUCUCAAGGCAUUGGGGAAUGGGUUAAAAAUGUAUCUGGAGAUCCAGAAACAUCUGUAAAUGACCGCAAUGAUCACAUUGGUGUUUCACAGCCAAUGGUGCCAAACCAUGAAGUCCAUAAACCAAUUUACCUUCCAAGCAGUUCUGACCUGACAAGCUCCAUAGGUGGACUGAAGAGCAAACUGAGAGACUAUGACACUGGAGAAUCUGGAGAUGAGCUGGACACAGACUAUGACACUGAGUAUCCACCCAUUGCAAAUGAGCAGGAGAGGCUGGAGUACAAAAGAGGUUUCGAAAGGGACCACAUGGAGUACAAGCGUCUUCAGGCUGAGCUAGAUGAUAUUAAUAAUGGCCUGGCAGAUGUGGAUAAAGAGCUGAACUACCUACAGGAAGGCAGCCCACAGUUCAUGGAUGCCAUGGGUGUAUACAACCGCCUCAAAGGCUUGAAGAAGACUCAGGAUUAUCAGAUGAAAAAGAAAAAGUGUAAACAGCUAAAGGCAAAACUGUCCCUCAUCAAAAGAAGAGUGAGCGACUAUGACCACAGAAAUUAAAACCAAGCACUGGAAACUCAGCAGGACAUUUUGUAACAUGACGGUUUUGGACGGGACUUUAUCUGUAUUUCUGUGUUAAUGAUCUGUAUCACUGUAUUACAAUCAAGGAAUGUAUGGCUGCUGUUUUAUGUGGACAUAUUUCUGCAUUUGAGACUAAUAAGCUUGAUCAACAUAUUGUGGUACCUUUGAAGUAUUUUAUUUUUUUAACGUUGAAUUAUGUUCUCUUCUUACUCCUUAUAUUUUGCUGUUGAAGUAUCUUAAAUAUGAGCAGGACUGUGACCACUUCAACGAAACAUAUCUCUGCCUGUUCUUUUUAAUAUUCUGAAUUGUUUAAAGUUUCUUGUUUUAUUUGUAAGGAUUUUGUGUAAGGAUAGUGUAUGUUUGUUAUAAUAAAGUUUUAUUGAAUAAAAUUGAACUCGCUAAACCAA